AUGGCCGCUGAGAAUGGGUUUCCAGGAGAGCGUGAUCCACUUUUGGCCUCCAAUCAGCAUAACCCAGCGUUGCCUCCCCAAAAUGGUACCACAAACACAGUUUUGUGGAGUUUGGUUGCGGUGGUAUUUAUCAGCAUGUCCUACGCCUUCAUAGAAGCUCCCGGCUAUCGUCUGUACGAAGCUGCGAUCUGUAAGAGGUAUUACAGAGAACGUGUCCCCUCAGUCAUUGGAUCAGGUGGUGACAUACCGGAGGAGAAUUGCAAAAUCGACUCAAUCCAACAAGAACUUGCUAUACUUCUCGCCAAACAAACACAAAUCAACUUAUGGGCUUUAUCAUGCGGUGAUUUGUCAGUAGAGUUAACCUUAUUGUCUUCUGCAUUCCUCCUCGUUGCAUGCGGACCAGAAAUGAGACAAGAGACAAUAUUUAUGAUUGUUGCAGAUGGAACCAAAAAAGAUGAACGGUUGGUCUCUCCCUUCUUGGAAUCGACUUUGACGGCUGAUUCUACUAGUUUGACCGUCUUUAUUCUUGGACAGAUAAUCGUAGUUCCACUGGCAGUUGCUGCAAAAAGAAUCGCUGCCAUGCUCAUGGCAUACAAUCUAUACGUUCCAAUAGCUCUGGGGUUGGUGUCUAUACUGAUAAGUUGGUCAAUUAUCUGGUUCAUGCCAUUUGAGGUGAUUCGACCAUCGGCCGUUGAUGUGCCAAAUCCUGAUGGGCAACAGGAGCAAGCGACAAGUGAAAAUGAGCAAGCUGCAGAGGAGCAAAAUUCGCUCCAGAACAUCAUCCUUCAGAAUAAGAAGAGUUUCAAAGUGCUCUGUUUAUCUCCCGGUAUCUUCUUUCUUACAUGCACGUUCUGGGUUACUAGCACCUUCGGACAAUUGAUGGCAGGAACUGUCUUUCUUCAAUAUAUUGAGAAGAAACUUGGAUAUGACUUGGCAGAUGCUUACAGGAUUCAAGCUAAUAGCGACUUGAUGAACAUGAUAUCCCUGAUCAUCACUUUUCUAGUUUGCGGAAAACUGAAUUCCGCUAUCUUUGGACGCUUCGGACUCUGGCUGGAGAAUAGUCUUGUCAUUUGUGCCACUGGGCAAGCUUUCCGAAUGUCAACCCGAGCAACCUUAACCGCCAUGGUGAAAGAUUUCUCUGAGGACUACACAACGGGGCUUUACACGAUGCUCUUUUACUUUGAUCUAAUUGGAGGAACAGUGACCAACUCAAUAUUGGCAUUUGCGUUUGGCAAAGGUCUUGAUUGGAGAGGUAUUUGGAUUGGUCUUCCAUUUUUCUACGCUGCAGGUAUUUGGUCCAUCGUUUGA